AUGGAUAUAAAAGAUACACUGUUUGUGGUAGGUUUCCUACAUAUCAGUUUUGGAAUGAACGAGGAGGUCAUAACCUCUAAAGGUCAUUAUUGGCCUUGGGGGAUAUCACAAACCCUUCAAAUCAUGGGCCGAAAACAGUGUACACGAGAGUGUCAGAUGAGAAUUUCAUGCCAGGCCGUGAAUUAUAAGGCGGAGACCCUUCAGUGUGAAAUACUAAGCAGCACGCCUAACAACUUAACAGACCUAGCUGAUAACAACAGUUACGAAUACAUAGCAAUGUCAACACAGACAACGGUGUUUUCCUCUUCAGCGUGCAACAGUUCGUGUGGUUCGACUUUCGGUCUGUGCGUCCGACUGUCGUCAGGAUUAGACUAUUGCAUAAAUAAAUAUCGAACCUGUCCAUCAAACUACCGCUACUCGCCUGCCCUGAACUUUUGUUAUCGUCCUUUUGCAACACAAUUAGACUUUGCCACCGCCAGGAGUCACUGUGAAAGUCUAGGGGACCGUCUGGCUGUCCUUCCAACAAUGGCACAUGUAAAUUUUAUCAAAGGAGAGAAACUGAGUGGACACCUGGAUGGUCUGAAGUAUUGGUUGGGAGGUCAAUGGGAUUUUGCUGCAGGAGACUGGCGAUGGUUGGACGGAAGUUUGAUAUUUAAUUUCAUUGAUAUAUCAUUAUGCCGCAUUCUGAAAAAUUUUGGUGCCAUCCUCUGGGAAAAAAAAUAUAAUCUAAUGGACAGAUUGCCUUCAAGAACUGAAAAAUUCUUGUGUGAAAAAGUGUUGGAUUAG